AUGACCAAGACAUCAUCAGAAGCAAAGCCAUCGGCUUGGACCGACGAAGCCAAGUUUCAAUUCCUUCUUCGAGUCGUCGCCCAGCUCCAGCGCAGCGGACAGAGUAUCAAGUGGGAUGAGAUUGACAUGCCAGGCCGCACCCCCAAGUCUCUCCAGCACAUGUGGGCCAAGAUCAAGACCCAGGUUGCUGAGCUGGAGAAGGCCUCUGGCCAGCAGCCCACCACGCCCACCAAAGGCAGCGGCAAAGGUGCUGGCAGCAAACGCAAGGCAGAGGCUACCUUGACGCCCGAGGCUACGCCUCAAAAGAAGCGAACUGCACUUGCCGAAAGCUCGGCCGUCUCGGCCGUCAAGAAGGAGGAGUCCAACGAGGACGACUGA